AUGCGCGGACAGCACUCCGGGGCAUUCUUCUUUCACGAAUGCUACACGGAUCCGCCAAAUCUGGCUAUCGGGCUAAUUCAACUCGAUCUGGAUAGCGACAAGGAUGUCCGAAUCCGGGAAUAUGCUGACCCAGUAACGGGGAGCAGUCUGAAUCUCCACAUCGAGACCUGGAAUGAUAGUAUCCUCUACUCGGGCAGUGCGAUCUGGUUUGGAGCCGAUUCAAACACUGAUGAAUUCCUGACAGGCUCGUAUAAUAUGAUGAUAAGAAUUUCACCUAGCAAAAAAGGAAAUUCCAAGCUAAGUGUCGAACCGAGGAAGAUCACUCAGAGCAGAUUCUGCUUGCGAUUCGACACCUGGGGGAACGGAAACCUUCACGGUGCGGACGCAUCAUGGAUCGUCUACCCUCGGAGCAAGCCCGACUGCUCGAGUGGAAUCAUUGGUUUUAGCUUUGAUGAAGGAACGCUAGAGUCAAAGGAGGUCGAUCUGGAUAUAUGGCAACCGAAGAGGGUGUACGCUGCAAUCAACUAA